UCUUCCUGCAUUGAAAGCCCAGCAUAGCCUGCUGUGACAGUCAAAGCUCAGCUCAGGAAGAAAUCAUGGCCAGCUCAGUGGUACAGCAGACACCUGUAAGAAAACAACUCAACAAAGACAAAGGAAGAUUGAAGCCCAAAGAAGAAAAUGGAUCUCAAGAAAAUGGAUCUCAAGAAAAUGCCCAACGUGACUCUGGUUCUCUGCUUCCCAGGAAAAUGUGGGGCACCUCAGACUUUGAAUUUGGCAAGCCACUUGGCAAGGGGAGAUUUGGAGCAGUGUACUUGGCCCGGGAGAAAAAAACUCACUUCAUCUUGGCCUUGAAAGUCAUUUUCAAAUCAUUGCUGGAAAAAUCUCAGCUAGAGCACCAGCUCAGAAGAGAAAUAGAAAUCUUAAGUCACCUCAGACACCCAAAUAUCUUAAGGAUGUAUAACUAUUUCCAUGACCAGACCCGGGUUUUUCUGAUGUUAGAAUAUGCUCCAGGAGGAGAACUGUACAAGGAGCUACAGAAGAAAACACACUUUGAUGACAUCAGAACAGCCACCUAUAUGGAAGAAAUAUCUGAUGCUCUGAUGUACUGCCAUGCUCUAAAAGUGAUUCAUAGAGAUAUUAAGCCAGAAAACCUCCUGUUAGGAUUAAGAGGGGAGCUGAAGUUGGCAGACUUUGGAUGGUCAGUGCAUGCUCCAUCGCUUAGGAGGACAACGUUCUGUGGCACUGCGGACUACCUUGCUCCAGAAAUGAUAGAGGGGAGUCCACACAGUGAGAAUGUCGAUGUGUGGUGCGUUGGUGUCCUUUGUUACGAGUGUCUUGCAGGAUAUGCACCAUUUGAAGCACCAACGCAGAUGGAGACUUUCCGAAGAAUAAAAGAGGUUAACUUUUCAUUCCCUUCUUGGGUGUCAGAUGGAGCCAAAGACCUAAUAUCCAAAGUACUCAACCGCACACCUUCCCUGCGGCUUCCCUUGAAAGAAAUAAUAGCGCACCCAUGGGUUAAGGCCAACUCUAGGAGAAUCUUGCCACCUGUCUACAAUGAAACAGAAGAGUAA